AUGAAUAACAGAAUUGGACCUGAUGAAUCGGCAGUAGUUAAUCCUAACACGGCACGAUCACAAACAUUAUUUGAACAUUUUCGAAAACGAAAAUUCAUUUGGGCAAUAUUUUUCAUUAUUUUUAUUGUUGCAAGUAUAGUUAUUCCAACAAUUAUUGUUACAGAAAACAAAACAAAGAGGGAAGGAACAUCAACAAUGGAAAAAAUAACAGCAACAGCAGCAGCAGAGAUAACAACAGCAAUGACAACAGAAAUAGCAACAGCAGUGACAACAGGAGUAGUAACAGAGAUAACAACAUUAACAAUAGCAGCAACAACAACAACAACAACGACAAGUGAACAAUUAACUCCUUCAAUUAUCAUUAGUAGCAAGACGAAAUGGAAACAGAAUGCAGUUACUGUUGCUGGAGGAAAUGGACCGGGAAAUCAAUUAAAUCAAUUAAAUCAGCCUCGUGGUAUUCAUGUUGAUGAUGAUAGUAUUUAUAUUGCUGACACUGACAACCAUCGUGUUGUUAGAUGGGAAUUUAGUGCAGACAAGGGCGAAAUAGUUGCAGGUGGAACUGGACCUGGACAUGAACUAUAUCAACUGAAUUUUCCAUUAGAUGUAGUUCUUGAUAAAGAGAAGAAAUAUAUCAUCAUCUGUGAUCAUCGCAACGUGCGAGUAGUACAAUGGUCUCUUCAAAAUAGUCAGAACCAACAAGAAUUAAUAAAAAUCGUUUGUUCGGGUUUAGCAAUGGAUAAUAAUGGAGAUCUUUAUAUUUCUGACUGGAGCGAACAUAAAGUUAUACGUUGGCAACAAGGCGAUAAACAAGGUACAAUUGUGGCAGGUGGGCAUGGAAAAGGAAAUCAACUUAAUCAACUCAAUCAACCUAAUUAUAUCUUCGUCGAUGAACAUCAUUCAGUUUAUGUAGCGGAUGGUACAAAUAAUCGUGUGGUGAAAUGGAUGAAAAAUGCGACUGGAGGCACUCUUAUUGCUCCAUGGGCAAAUUCCAAUUCAAUGUAUGGACCCAUUAGCGUGAUUGUUAAUCAUAUAGGUAAUGUAUAUGUGUCGACUCAGAAAAGUCAUCGAAUAAAACGUUGGUCACGAGGUGCACUGGACGGUCCUACUAUCGUUGGUGAAAACGAAGGUGGAAGUGGACCCACACAGCUUGGCUAUCCAUCUGAUUUAUCAUUUGAUCGACAUGGUAAUCUUUAUGUUGUCGAUUAUCGAAACAGCCGAAUACAAAAAUUUGUUAUUGAUCUUGACUGA